AUGGGAGCUUCGUUAUUCAAAUGUUGUCAGCCAUCUACAUUCGAGGAGGUCGAGCUCAACAAACCGGAACCGGAAGAAGAUCCUCAGUCACGUGACCUCAUUAUUUUGAAGAACAUGAUAUCCAAAGACACACACACACACACAACCAUCAACAAAAACGCAACCCACAUUCACGCAUCUUUGUACACGGACACAAUUCCUAGCUACGUACCUGGAAAAAUGAUAGACAACGUUUUGUACUGUGUUGGAACUGGGAAGGAGGCAGAGGAAGAGGAACCAGACGGAUGUGUGAUCCUGAAGACGAAAUCCCGUCUCCUCAUCGCCUGCUACCGCGGGGAUAGUGAAGUCCCAAUCAGGACUGCUGAGAGCUCUGCUCAUCAAAUGAUUGAUAGGAAUUUGUAA